CGCACGGGGCAUGGUGGGCAGGGUCGCCGUGCCCGCGGCGGCCGCCCCCCUCCCCGGCAGAGACGGCGACGCUCAGCCAUGCAAGAAACGGCGCGAGGAAGAUACUUCUGUGGAGACAAUCACGAGAUACUUUUCACCUUUAGCAAAACCAGUGGAUAAAGUGCUGUCGCCGCCAAAACCCAACAACAUAUUGGAUUACUUUAAGAAGACAGCUGUAGAUGAGAAAUCCACAUUGCCACUUGUAGCCGGAGAAAAUACAGCACCAUUUGAUGCUGAUGAUGAAGAGUGUAAGUCACCUUUUAAACCACCUUUAAAGAGGAAGAGGAAAGGGAAGAGAGUUAAUUUAAAUAAUAAGCCAAAGGAGAUGAAAGGAUCUGAGGAUAAACAUGGAAUAGAAAUGAGUAGUGAUGGCAGCAGAGAAACAACAGGACUGAAACAAGACAGCGGUGAUUUUACAGCUACAUGUACCUUAGUUGACCAAAAAGGUGCAAGAGAACUAGAAGAUCAUGUGCAAAGGGAGAACUUCUCAAAUGCUGUUACGUACAGAAAAAACGCAAAGAAAGCUGCUUCUGAAAUAAGUGGAAGAAAAAAUAGGGUAAGAAAAUCAAGCAAAAGGAAUCACAAAGUAAAUAUGGAUUUGUCUGAAAGUUUUCCAUCUGAAAACCAGACGAAUGAAAAGUGUAAAAAGGGAACUGAAGAUAAGAAAAAGCUGGUAUCUCCUACAAUAGCAGAGCAUGACGUUGUUAUUAGUGCUUCCAGUUUUGAUGACACGACGUCACAGGUAAAUAACAGUAUAAUAACAGUGUCAUUUGAGGACUUCUUGAAGAGUCAGGGAGAAGAUAACAUAGAUCACACUGAAGAAGACACAAAGCCAACCACAGACAAUCCUGCUACAGCAAAUGAAGUGGACAAAAGUGAUGCUGUUGGUGACCCAGAAAGGUGUGAGGAAUCUCAACAGCUGCCACUUAGAACAGUAACUGUCCUUGCCCAAGUUCAUUCCAUUCCCCCCAGAUUAGCUCCAUUGCAUAAGGAGCAGAAAGGCUCUAGAAAAAUAGCUUCCAUUUUCUUGAAGCAGAAAGGAUGUGUAGGGGAAAAAGAAAGUAGCCCACCCCUCUUGGAUGGUGAGCAAACUGAGCAGGUUACUCAGAAAAGAAGAUCUAAUGUAGUUAUUGAGGAAGAAGAACUGGAGUUAGCUGUACUAGAGACUGCGGGGUCAGAUUCUUUAAAGCCAAAAUGUAGUCUGGAAGAAAGGCAUCAGUUUAUGAAGGUGUUCAGACAACCAACAUCAGAUGUAGUAAAAAGUGGCAUUAAAAAGGCACCUGGAAAACAAAAGCAAGCCAUUGGAAAGUCUGCAAAAGAAAAAGAAGGACCUGAAGAUGACAUUGCUUCAAAUAAAGGAUUAGAAAGCGGAGUACCAGAAGAUUCUAGUCCUAAAAACAAUGGAACUAAACCCAAAAGCCCCAGAAAGAAUCAGAAAAAAGGAAACAGAAGAAAGAAGGCUUCAGAAACUAAGGAAACUAAUGUCUCUGAUACUAGCAGCUGUUACAAAGAUGAGGAUUCAGGUGCUAAUGUUCUCACUAAGGAAAACACCUUAGAUGUAAGAAUUUCAUCGAGUCCAGAAGUGAAUGAGUUAAGGAGGAGUUUAAGGCAGAAGCAAAUCAAAACAUCAAAAAAUGUUACACCCAAAAAACCCCACAUUAAGGAUACCUUUUCUGAAGAGGAAUCAAGUGGCUGUCUUUUACUAACCUCAACUCCAAAAGCAAGAAAGCAAUCCUUGAAGAAAAGUAACUUGUAUAAAGCCGAGGUGAUUACCAUGCCCUUUGAUGGAAGCAGCCCAAUCAGAAUGAAAUUCACACGUAUCAGUGCGACUACAAAAUCAAAUAAAGCUGAAGCAACGAAAAAUGAAGAGUUUAACUCCAAAAAUAUGAAGAUGAGCUCUACUUCGAAAAACCUAUCCAAAGCAAAGCGACUGAUAGAGAAGGCAAAGGCUAUUCAGCAUAAUAGAUCAAAGGUUAAUGAAGACUUCCCAGCUCCUGUGAGGCGCUCGUCUCGGCAGCGAGCUCUUGCUGAAAAGAAAAAAUUAGAAGACAGUGAAGAAUCAGUAAAAAUUUUAAAUUCAAGCCUGAGUUGUGACACUACUACAGUGCAGAAUGUGAAGCAAAAGAAUCUUCGGAGCUUAAAUGAUGUUUUGGGGAAAAAGCCUAGAAACAUGAAGGUUGCAAAGAACUCAAAUGGAAAACUGGGAUAUCCGCCUUCUUUCCUAGGCAGAAAUGCUCAGAACCCUGCAGGUGAACCAGUUGUGAUCUUUGAUGAGAGCAGCCAAGAUGCAUCUGAAAACUCUCAAGAUGAUGAUCAGUUCAGAGCAAAACGUGAAUUCUUGAUGAGCGGAUUGCCAGAGUCCCUGAAAAGACAGAUUGCAAAGAAAGCAGCAGCAAUGGAAGCAUACUCACUUGCAAGUUCAUGUUUCAAGCCUGUUGUCCAUGUACAGCAGAAGGAUGACUGUUGUCCAAUGUGGAAAUUGCAAUCACCAUUGUGUCCUCUAUUAACUGUGCUAAGGAAUCUGAACACUGAAGUCACCAAUGUCACAAAAAUCAAUCUCUCGCUUGGUGAAUUCUCCACUGUGAAUUCAAAACUAACUGGAAACUGUUCUGCACCUGAGCUUUCUGGCCACCGACCAGUUUUUCCUGAUAGAGUCAGGAAAGAGUUACUGGAUGAGAUCAUGUCUUCUAAUUCCCAAUUUCCUGUGAGAAAAUACUUCUACAGGUUUCUGAAGAGGCAGACGGAACGGCUAGGCUCUGAAAGCAGUGCACACGAAAGCAAAGCUGGCACUGCAAAUUCUGAGGUAAAUCAGAAACAUUCUGACAAUUGGAAGGAAACCAAGAGGAAAAGGAAAGAAACAGAAGAGCACAAAUCAAAAAGAAGAAAACAAGUUGAAGGUUCAGAGGCGGAAAUAACUUCAGGAGUUUCUGAGAAACGUUUUUCUCACACCUCUGGAGAAAAACAGGGAGAGACAGAACAAGCCAUGCGUUCGGGAAAAAGCAAGCCCCAGAAACCAGAUGUUAUGAUAGAAGACACUGAGUAUUUGUCGGCACCAAAUUCACUUUCAGGUGCUGAGAAGGAAGACAUGCUCUGGACAGAAAAAUACCAGCCUCAAGAUUCCAGUGAACUCGUAGGGAACAAGAAAGAAAUUGAAAGGCUACACAGUUGGCUAAAAGAAUGGAAGAAAAGAGCCGAUUGGGAAGAAAAAAGAAAUCAGAAAGGGGAGAAGGACAAAGAGCAUGAAGAUUCUUUGGACAGCCUUGACUUUAAAGAUCAUAAAUCUGAUGCUGAGGAAGAGACGAGCCUCUGCAAUACAGUUCUGAUAACAGGCCCACCGGGAGUGGGGAAAACCGCUGCAGUGUAUGCUUGUGCUCAGGAGCUGGGUUUUAAGAUAUUUGAAGUCAAUGCCUCUUGCCAGCGUAGCGGGAGACAGAUACUGUCACAACUAAAAGAAGCUACUCAGUCUCAUCAAGUGGACAAAAAAGGCAUUAAUGCACAUAAGCCUUGCUUUUUUAACAGUUGUAGCAGUGCCAAGUCGCCAAAAAAAAUGUAUUCUCCAAAGAAAGUUGUUUCACCAAGAAAACCUCCACUGUCCCCCAAAGGAGCAGGAUUAAAACGGAACUUGCCCCCUAAAACACUUGCAAACUAUUUCAAGAUUUCUUCCAAACAUAAAAGUAGUGAUGGAGCAGGGACAUCUCAAGAAAAAAAUCAAGCAUCUGCAGGAAAUACUCAGAAUUCACUUGAAGAAAAGAAAGGUGCUCAAAUUAAGUCAAUAAACAAAGAAGUAGAAGGAGGAGAACACAACAGAAAAAGUGCAACAUCUCUCAUUCUCUUUGAAGAGGUAGAUAUAAUAUUUGAUGAAGAUGCAGGAUUUCUAAGUGCAAUAAAGACAUUCAUGGCAACAGCAAAGAGACCUGUAAUUCUUACUACCAAUGAUCCCACAUUCAGCUUAAUGUUUGAUGGCUAUUUUGAAGAAAUCAACUUUAGAACCCCUUCCUUGAUAAAUGCUGUGAGCUACCUUCAAGCCCUGUGUCUGGCUGAGAAUCUGCGAACAGAUGUGAAAGACUUGGCUGCCCUGUUAGCCACAAAUAACUGUGAUAUCAGACAAAGUGUUCUCUACUUGCAGUUUUGGGUUAGAAGUGGAGGUGGAUGCUUGAAAGACAAACCUUUGGCAUGUCAUGGAGGAGAGGAGACAAAUAAUGCAGAUCAUGUAAUUUGUUCUGAAAAGACUACUGAUUCCAAGAUGGACUUUUCUCAAGCUGAUGCACAUCCUCAGGAACUUCCAAAAUGUGAUACAGGCUGUGUAGAGACGUUGCUUGGCCUUAAGAAUAUCCUGAUGCCUUCAGAAGACUUGUUUACAUUUCUUAUGCACAAAAUCACAACCAUGGACACAUGGAACAAAUGGAUGCAGCUUCUCACAGAAUUCCAGAUGAAGAAAGUGGAUUUUAUGUAUAGUAAUCUUGAAUUUAUUCUUCCCUUACCCGUGCAAGUUCUUUCAAACCAGUCUGAAGCCCCUGGCUCUGUACUUGAAAGGACUACCGUAGUUUCUUCAAAAAACAGGUCCACUAACAGGUAUUGCUCUGGAAAAAGCCCUGUAAGAAAGUCUGAAAAGACAAAGAGACAGAAAAGGCUUGAAAUAUUGGAUGAUAGUGACUUAUUUGAUACCGAACUGAACUAUUCAGCUGAAUUCAUAGCUUUGCCAUCAGAUAGUCCUGUGUCAUGUGCUGAAGUGAAUGAAGAGGAAUCAAAAUUGUUGAUGAAUAAAGAAGAAAAAGAAAUGCAAACUAAAACCUCAGCAAAUGGGAAAAGCUCUGCUCUUGUUUCUCAGUGUCUGAAAGCACUGACUGAAUUUGUGGAGACCAUGUCUUUCUUGGAUUGCUGUGUGAACACUAACACCAAGGAACCACUGGAGUUUUCUACAGAUGAAGGAUUUAAUUGGACAAAUGGCAAAAUCAAAAAUGGUCUUUUUGAUGAGUUCAGUAUAGAAAAUACUGAUUGGUGGAGUUCCCAGAGCUGUAGUGAGAUAAUGGCAGCUAUUGAAGCACUCAGUUUUAACAAAUGUUCUGUUAGCAUUUCACAAAACUUGCAAUCCUCUUUGAGUACCAGUAAAACACCUGAAAAUGAUCAGCUGGAGGGACUUACUUUGCCUAUUUCAAACACAAGAAAUUGUGUAUCCUUCUGUCAGUCAGCUGAUUCAAGCAUUCACAGAAAAGCAGAGAAGAGGCUGGCAGUCGUCAGAACAGUAUUUUCCAGAAGUCCUUUAAACCUGGGUAAUAAGCAAGCCAGCAUACUGGAAUACCUCCCCACUCUUCGCAGUAUCUGUAGGUCUGAGAAGCUAAAAGAGCAAGGGAAGACUAAAAGAAGGUUCUUGCAUUAUCUUGAAGGGAUUCAUCUCGAAAUAUCCAGACAAAUGAUAAAUGGUCUGUCUUUGGACUUCCCUUAAAAUAGCAAACACCAGGAAUACUUCGUGCCUAAUGGUGGUAUUGUCACCAUAGUUUGAUUUUUAACUUCUUUUUUUUUUUUACCACAUUAUUUUAUUGUAUAUUCAGAGCCAUUUGUAUAUUAAAUUUCUAUAAGUAUUUAAAAUAAUGUAUAUAUCUAUUGUCAUCAUACUGCUCUCCACACGGAAAUGUGGCCUUGUUUGGUGCUUGUCCAGUGCAUUUAUAAUGGGAAAUGCACAAACUAGUCAAUGGGGACUCCUUCACACUGUCUUUCUCUGUGUAUCCCAUGGCAAGAAGUCCAUUUGUAACAACCGACCCCCACUACUUCCACAGCAAAGUUGCUUCUCUCAGAAGAGACCGUUUUAUUAAAAUAAGCUUGUUUCUGUCUGAAUUUGCAGCGAAAUGUUAAAUAACCUGGGGUGGGAGGGAGCAGGGAGGGGAUGUGACAAGUCUGUCAGAAGUGUAACUGACUAAAACGAACUCUUUGUAAUGAGGACUGGGUAUCAAAGUCUUUACAAAGCACUGUGCCUCAAUGUACAUAUCUUUUAUACAUUAAUUUCAUUAUUUCCACCUGUCAGAUCUUCAUGUUAAUCUCCUACAGGGGUAGAGGAAUUAUUACUGUAGCUCAAGACGGUCUCAGAGAUUAGAUUUUGUAAAUAACAGUUAUUCCAGUGUUACUUUGGUUUCAGUAAUAUUUAACUACUUCUAGUCUUGUAUAUUGUGUCCUAUUUUUAUCCUUCAUUUUGUACUUGACAAGACUUCAGCCUGAUUAUUUGUGAUUGAACCGGUUUUGUACAACAAUAAAUUUGUGAGACUUUGCUACAA